AUGUUACAAUUGGCUCCAAAGUUGACACUUUUUUGGCAUAAUCGGUGGAGUAUACAACAACCUAUUUUCUCAAAGAUUAUCAUAGCUGCCGCCGUACACCAACAUCCUAGCCAUGGUAAGAUGGAAAGGGUUAAGGCUUUUGCACUCGUCCACAUCCGAUUAUCCUUCCUGUUGAUUUAUGAUUCUUCAGGAAUGGCCGGAAGAAUGCGUUGAAGACCUAAUAGGAAUAACUUAAAAAAUGAAUAAAGUUUGAUCAUAUUCAC